AUGACGUCGAAACGUGAUGAAGCCACGGAAAACAGCUCGGUCGAAGCCGAAAGCUCGACCGCAUCAACAGCAACACCACAGGAAACACCACCAGCAUACAGCGCAAGCAGCGCCACUGACACGACCGCCCCACCAACCUACGCAUCCGUCCAGCGCGCCCUCACAGCGCUCUCGCAAGGCCCACCCGACGAAACCAUCUCGGUACCCAUGAUAUCGCGGACGGUACAAUUCAGCCUGCACAACUACAACCCGUUUUCGCGCAAGCAAGGCACGAUCCGGCAGUCGGUCGUCACGCGGCAGAUGAAGCGGUCGCAGUACCUGGCGCACUAUGCCAAGGAUGCAGAGGGCAAUUUCAUCGGCACGGGGCGGCCCGCGCCAGACGCCGAUCUGGUGUUUGUCCCCAGUAAGGGGAGCAGCGAGGAUAUGCUGCGGCAGGCCGAGGAGGUGGCGCUUAGAGUGCAGAGGUUGAGGGGGAAGGGCAUUGGGGAUUGGGGGCAGCCGUUGCCGGAUAAUUAUGGGGGGAUGACGGGGGGUGCUAUGUGA